CUUGAACAGUCUUUAACAGAUCUCCCUGACUCUCCUUCAAGAUGAAGAACAUCUUCGUUGCCACCUUGGGCCUCUUUGCCGCAGUUUCAUCUGCCUUGCCUUAUACCACCCCCGUCAAUGACAACCCUAUCUCCGCCUUGCAGGCGCGUGCCACGACAUGCUCUGCGAAGGCCACGGAUAACCUCAUCUUCAAGGUCUCGAUGAAGACCUUCCAGAAGGCGCGCAAGGCCAAGAACCCAUCCAAAUGUAACUGGUCGUCGGACAACUGCUCCAAGUCACCCGAUAAGCCGGACGGAUACAACUUCAUCCCCAGUUGCCAGCGACACGACUUCGGUUACCGCAACACGAAGAAGCAGAAGCGCUUCACCAAGGCCAUGAAGAAGCGCAUUGACGACAACUUCAAGAAGGAUCUCUACAAGUACUGCAGCCAGUUCUCGGGGUGGAGUUCAUGGAAGGGAGUUGAGUGCCGCCGUCUUGCGGAUAUCUACUACGCCGCCGUCCGCAAGUUCGGAAAGCGUGACGAGGAGUUGGAGUUUGACCCUGAGGUUGAGGUGGAGCUCGAGAAGCGCGACGACGUUGCUGACGUUGUGCCCGAUGAGUUUGAUGGCUUUGACGGCUCCGAAGUCGACCCUGAUAUUGAGGGCCAGGUGAUUCCUGAUGUUCUCGAGGAUGAUGGGGUGGAUCUGGAUAAUCUGGAUGACAUUGAGAAUCUCUGAGUGGUGAAAGUUGGUCCUACGCCUCGUGGUAGGAUGAGAGGAAGCUGAACAUUGUUGUCGAUUUUCUUGUGGCUUUGAAUGAUCUUUUUGCAAACUUCUUUCCUGGACGGACAACAGUGCUUUGCACACAUC